AAGGCCACGUGGGCGAGUACACCCCACAUGGCGGUGCUCCUGAGGAUGCUUUUGCAGCUGGGGAGGCCCCCGGGAAUCUUGGGGCGCUCCCUGGGUCGGCGCGAGGCCAGCCUAGGCACUGAUUCCGGGGCUGCAGUGCGAGUUCGAUUUGCCCCCAGCCCCACAGGCUUUUUGCACCUGGGUGGCCUCCGCACUGCCUUGUACAACUACAUCUUUGCCAAGAAGCUCGGAGGAAGCUUUGUCCUGCGGCUGGAGGACACGGACCAAUCCCGCCUUGUGCCUGGAGCAGCGGACAACAUUGAGGACAUGCUGGAGUGGGCAGGCAUUCCCCCUGAUGAGAGCCCACGCCGGGGAGGCCCCACUGGGCCCUACCUGCAGUCCCAGCGGCUCGAGCUGUAUGCCCAGGCCGCAGAAGCUCUGCUGAGGACCGGGGCUGCUUACCCCUGCUUCUGCUCACCACAGCGGCUGGAGCUGCUGAAGAAGGAGGCACUGAGGAGCCGCCAGACACCCCGGUAUGACAAUCGGUGCCGGAACCUGAGCCAGGAACAGGUAGCCCAAAAGUUGGCCAAGGACCCCAGGCCUGCUAUCCGCUUUCGCCUGCAGGAGGAGGCACCGGCCUUCCAGGACUUGAUAUUCGGCUGGAAUAAGCAUGAAGUGGCCAGUGUGGAGGGGGACCCGGUCAUCCUGAAGAGCGAUGGCUUCCCCACAUACCACCUGGCCUGCGUGGUGGAUGACCACCACAUGGGCAUUAGCCAUGUGCUGCGUGGCUCAGAGUGGCUGGUCUCAACCUCCAAGCACCUGCUCCUCUACAGGGCCCUGGGCUGGACACCGCCUCGCUUUGCCCACCUACCCCUACUCCUCAACAAAGACGGCAGUAAACUGUCCAAGAGGCAAGGGGACAUUUUCCUCGAAUGUUUCGCUGCUGCCGGCUUCCUCCCAGAUGCCUUGCUUGACAUCAUCACUAACUGUGGCUCAGGGUUUGCAGAGAACCAGAUGGGCAGAACCUUGCCAGAGAUGAUAGCACAAUUUGACCUGACUCGAAUCACCUGCCAUUCAGCCCUUCUAGACCUGGAGAAGCUCCCAGAAUUCAACAGGCUGCACCUUCGUAGGCUGGUGAGCAACGAGACCCAGAGGCGCCAGCUGGUGGGAAAGCUGCAGGUGCUCGUGGAGGAGGCAUUUGGGAGCCAGCUGCCAGACAGGGCUGUCCUGGACACAGCCUAUGUGGAGAGGAUCAUCCUGCUAAGACAGGGUCACAUCUGCCGCUUGCAGGAUCUGGUCUCCCCGCUACACUCCUACCUGUGGACUCGCCCUGCUGUGGGGCGAGCACAGCUGUGUGCCAUCUCAGAGAAGGUGGAUGUGAUUGCCAAACACGUGCUGGGGCUUUUAGAAGGACCUGGUACGAGCUUAACUCAGGACAUACUGAAUGCAGAACUGAAGAAGCUGUCAGAAGGUCUGGCCGGCACCAAAUACAGUGACGUGAUGAAACUCCUCCGAGUGGCCCUCAGUGGACAGCUGCAAGGACCGCCUGUAGCGGAGAUGAUGGUGUCUUUGGGACCAAAGGAAGUACGAGAACGAAUACAGAAGGUGCUUUCCAGCUGACAGGGGAUGUGCUGGACACUGGAGGUAGCCCUAGGAACCUGUGUGUUUGGAAACUGCCCUCGGAGAGGAGGAGCAGGAGGCCUAUGGCCCAUCGGAACCAAGAGGAGAAACAGAGUCUCCAGGUGCAUGCAAGUGCAUUCACGGCUCCAUGCAGCUCUGUCCUCAUCAGUUGGCUAGGAAAGCCCAGCAUCUUCUCACCUCCUUGAAUCUGGAGAGGAAGGCCUUAUGUCUGGUUCUGGUACCACAUUACAUGGCAGAGACUACAAGCUGGUUCAUAGGACAGUCCAGAGGGUUUAUGUUUACGCUGCCCAGGCUGCUGUAACAAAAUGCCACAGACCUGGAGGACUUAAACAACAGAAAAUUAUUUUCUCACCAUUCUGGAGGCUGCAAAUCCAAGAUCAAGGUGUUGGCGGUUUCCUUUCUCCUUGGCUUGCUGAUGGCUGUCUUCUUGUUGUCCUUACAUGGUCAUCUUUCUGAGUGUGCCCUUGGUAUCUCUUUGUAUCCAAAUGUCAUUUUCUUAUAAGGACACUAGUCAGGUGGGAUUAGCACCCACCCUAAUGGCCCAGUUUUACCUUCAUUGCUUCUUUAAAGACCCAGCUGUAAGUAUGGUCACAUUUUAUAGUCCUAGGGGUUAAGGCUUUGACAUACAACUGGAGGCGACACAAUUCAGCUUUUGACAGCUUGGCAGCAGCCUGGACUCAAUUCUCAGGACAAAUUUGGACUUUGAGCAAUAAAGGAUGGUUGACAAGCAGAGAUGAUCUAUACGUCAGACUUUCUUUGGGCCUUCAAAGAGAAGGUACUCAUCUGUCAGGUGUGGGAGAGGCACUUAUGUCACAUACUGUUUUUUUGUCCCGGACUUGUGGCAGCCUGUCUCCCUUCCCUAGAGGUUGUCUGUUUCUCUUUCCCAGUUCUUCAGACCUCAUCCUUGGAAUGGAGACCUUCACCCUAUGUCUUUUAUUCAUAUUUACCACCUUCUUAUACCCAUUACUUGUUACAUCACUGUCUGUGAGCUUCUGAAAUGAGAUGUUCUUGGGGUAAAGAGAAAUAGCUUAAGUAAAAUGAGGACUGUGGCUGGCUACAGAGACCCCCUACAGGGCUACUAGAUGUCUUCUGUGUGGCAGCUAGCCUCUGAGAUGCCUCCCAGUCAUUGCUACCUCUUGGUGUUUACACUGAAUGGGGGUUGAACUGAGAUGCACCAUGGCUUCCAUCUCAUUACUCUGUGGGAAGCCACUUUCAUAUGCAGAUGCUCAAGCAGCCUUGUUUAGAGGUACAUGUGAUAAGGAACUGAGGCCUCCUGCCAACAACCAGGUUAAUACUGCAUCUUGGAAGUCAGUCUUCAGCCCCAACUGAGUCUUCAGAUGACCGUAACCCUGGCUGAUGUCUUGACUGCAACCUUCAUGAAGAGCCUGAGCCAGAGCCACUAAGUGAAGCUGCUCUUGAAAUUUCAGACACCCAAAUUAUGGGAUAAUCAGUAUUCAUUGUUUAAAGCCACUAGAUUUUGGGAUAAUUUGUUAUCCAGCAGCCAGUAGCUCACAUCCUCUUCGUGUCCAGGGGAGAAGGGCAAGGGGAAUGAAGAAUUUGUUGAGCUUCACAGAGAACUAAUCUUUUCUUGAAAAGUGUAUCGUAUAAAGUUCUUUGAUCGAAAACAAUGGAAAUCAGCUCUGCCUAAUUUAAGUUUAUUGGAGACCAUAAGUUUAUGGGAAUUUUAAGUUUGUGAGAGAGUUAGAGUCUAUGGGAAAGCCAAAGACCCAGGUCUGGAAAAGAGAGGACCUAGGGAACUUUGGUUGUGCGGGCAGCAGAAGCUAGUGGCCAGUCUUCAGUGGAGACACUGGAACUCCCAACUGUGCUUUGUUGUUGGUUUCUCUCUUUGCAUUUUCCCCUUCAGUUUUGGAUGAUAGCUCAAGAUUCCAGCUCUAGGAAGAGAGUGUCUUGUUGUGCUAAUUGAGGUCAUGUUGCUGUUCCUUAACCAGGAAUAGGUGGUCCCUGCAGGAUAAUAUCCAAUGGGAAAAAAGCUGUUCCCAAGGAAAACUGUUUUUUCAGAAGAAGGGGACAUAAUAAUAAAACUAGUGUUUUGUUCGGCACUUACCUGAGGUGCAACCACAUUUGGGUUUCAGAAUUUGCUGGUAAAUACUUCACUCCAUUAUCUCAUUUAAUCUUCACAGCCCCAUGAGAGAGGCAUUAUUAUUUCUGUUAUAGAUAAGGAAACUAAGGAUGGGAAAGAUAAUUAACUUGAGUUUACAGUCUGAGACAAUACAAGGAUUUAAACUUUAGCUCAGCUCUUAACUACUGGGUUACAUCAGAGUCUCUGCUUCUAAGACAUGAAGGAUGGUUACGAGAAACUUUCUCAUACUCUGGCUCAUGGUGAAGGAAUGUGAAUAUUAUAACACUGCAAGUGAUGAAAAUGCUGAGCUGAUAAAAGUGCAGCUACUUUCUCAGUUGGAGUGAAUUAUAUAAAAAGCAGCAUAUUUGGCUAAAAAGUUUGGUUUUUCCUAUAUGAUGGCUCUAGUAGUGUUUAAUUGUCUUUAAAUUAAUUCAAAACAACUUUGUACUUCUGGUCAAGAAGGAGGCAUAGGUAAAUAUGCCUUGCCUCCUCACACAGCUAUAGCAAAAAUUACAACUAGACUACAAAACAAAUAUCACCCAGAAUUGUCAGAAAAUCGAGCCAUAAGGGAGUCUUGACAGCCAAGGAUUUAAAAAAGCCUUAUUCAUCCAGAUGGGUAGGAGGGGUGGAGACGCGAAGAGCCACAGGGAUGUGGAACGGGUAGUCCCACAUCCACAUGUGGUGGAUAAAAAUUUGGAGGGAUAUCUCAGGAGCAAGGGAUCCCAGCCCCAGGCCAAAUGACACAGUCCAGGGUUCCAGUACCAGGAAGACAAGUCCCCAAAACUUCUGACUGAAACAAUUUUGUUAGAUUGUAGUGUGACAGCUGUCAUAUCAGU